AUGCCCACAGCCACAGACAAAACCGUAUCCAUCGAAGAGGCCAUUGAACAUGCAAAACGCGCCUUUGCCCUUGGAAAGUACGAACAGGCCGUCGAGGACUAUGCCACUGCUUUGGAGCUUAUGACGAUGAAAUAUGGCGAAAAGGCUCCAGAGACGGCUGACCUGUACUUCGCCUAUGGAAAGUCACUAUUGGAAAAUGCUAUUGCACAAAGCUCUGUGCUAGGAAAGGAGCAGACAGAGGACGCAGGGCUAGGAGAGCUAAAAGCAAGUGGGAAGUUCCUCUCCUUCUCUGGAGAUACGGAAGAUAACGACGAACUUCUUCCGGAGGGCAAAGAGGACGUCGCGGUGGAUCUUUUUGCUGAGGCGGAAAAGGCAGUGGCAGAGGAAGAUGAACGCGAGGCGGAAGAGGAGGAAGCUGAGCCCGAGGACGACUUCAAUGCCGCAUGGGAGGUGCUCGAUCUUGCACGCGCGAUAUAUGAGAGGGAGCAGGACGACGACGCCAUCAAGCUGAAGCUUGCGGACACCUUCAUUGCUCUCGGAGAUGUCUCUCUCGAGACAGAAAAGUUCGACCAGGCAAUUACCGACUACACCGAGGCACUCAAAUUGAAGGCCGAACUGCUACCACAAUCUUCUCGUCAGAUUGCAGAGGCUCACUACAAAAUGAGCAUCGUGCUUGACUUGACGUCAGGGCGCCUAAGUGAUGCCAUCACACAUGCCGAGCGCGCUCUCGAGAGUGUGGAGGCGCGACUAGCGGAGCUCAGAGAUGCGCUUAGUGGGCAAGGCGUGGUGCAGAUAGAGCUUGACGAGAAAGCGGAUGCGAAGGGCAAAGGCAAGGCUACUGGCCCGAGGAUCCUUGGAGACGACGCAAUCCAAAAGAUGAACAAGACACAGAUGGAGGCUGAGGUAAAAGAGCUGCAGGAUCUAAGAGAAGACUUGGCAUUGAAGGUGGAGGAGCUGAAGACAGCGCCUGACGAACAGUACGAGUCAGCACCUGCAAUGGUAGCUAAAGCUCUCGACAAGGAGCUCAAUGGAAUCGCAUCCGCGAUGAAAUCAGUUACUCCACAGACCGUAACCGAUCUCACCUCGAUAGUCAAGAAGAAGAAAAAGAAUCCGGAUGCUGGACCAGAUGCAGGCGAUAAACGCAAGGCUGAAGAGGAGCCAAUUCCCUCGCUACCAUCGGAAAAGAAAGCUAGAGUAGAGGAAGUCCCAGAGCCGUAA